CCCCGGCCCGGGCCCCGGCCCCGGCCCCGGCUCCGGCCCCGGCCCCGGUAUGGAUGGCCCCGGGGCUAACGCUGUGGUCGUCCGCAUCGGCAUCCCGGACCUGCAGCAGACGAAAUGUCUGCGGCUGAACCCCGACGCACCCGUGUGGGUGUCCAAGCAGCGGGUGCUCUGCGCCCUCAACCACAGUCUGCAGGAUGUGCUCAACUAUGGCCUCUUCCAGCCCCCCUCCCAGGGCCGGGCAGGCAAGUUCCUGGACGAGGAACGUCUGCUGCGGGACUACCCGCCCAACAUGGACACGCCCCUGCCCUACCUGGAGUUCCGCUACAAACGCAGGGUUUACACCCAGAGCCUGCUGGACGAUAAGCAGUUUGCAAAGUUACAUACCAAGGCAAACCUGAAGAAGUUCAUGGAGUAUGUCCAGCUUCACAGCACAGACAAGGUGGCCCGGCUUCUGGACAAGGGGCUGGACCCCAACUUCCAUGAUCCUGACACAGGAGAGUGCCCCUUGACCCUGGCUGCCCAGAUGGAUAAUGCCACCGAUUUACUAAAGGUCCUGAGGAAUGGGGGGGCCCAUCUGGACUUCCGCACUCGGGAAGGGCUCACAGCCUUGCACAUCGCCACGCGCUGCCGGAACCCCAGUGCCCUGACGACCCUGCUGGACCUUGGGGCAUCCCCAGACUACAAGGACAGCCGUGGCCUGACCCCCCUAUACCAUAGCGCCCUUGGGGGUGGUGACCCCCUCUGCUGUGAGCUCCUGCUCCAUGACCAUGCACAGAUUGGGACAGCUGAUGAGAAUGGAUGGCAAGAGAUCCACCAGGCCUGUCGCUUUGGGCAUGUCCAACACCUAGAACACUUGCUGUUCUAUGGAGCUGACAUGAGGGCCCAGAAUGCAUCAGGAAACACAGCCCUGCAUAUCUGUGCCCUGUACAAUCAGGAGAGCUGCGCCCGGGUUCUCCUCUUCCGGGGAGCCAAUAAGGAUGUUCGGAAUUACAAUAGCCAGACAGCUUUUCAGGUGGCCAUCAUUGCUGGGAACUUUGAACUUGCUGAGGUCAUCAAAACUCAUAAGGAUUCUGAUGUUGUGCCAUUCCGGGAGACUCCCAGCUACACAAAGCGGCGACGCCUGGCGGGCCCCAGUGGCCUGGCCUCCCCGAGGCCGUUGCAGCGCUCAGCUAGUGAUAAUGAUCUGAAGGCUGAAGCCCGGUCUGGUCCCUCCCCGGGACCCUCACUCAGAAGCCUCCCCCACCAGUUACUGCUCCAGAUGCAAGAAGCAGGCAUGGGGCCUGUGGCAGGGAUUCGAGGACCCCAAAGCCGAUCCCCAUCCCUUCAGCGUCUGCAGGAGGAUAAGGAGAGGGACAAGGACCCCAGUGGUCACACUCUGGUCCGAGGAGGCCGAAGCAAGAGCAGCCCGAGCGGCCCCGGCGGCGGCCCCGGAGGAGGAGGAGGAGGCGGUGGCGGCCCGGGAGCCCUGGGCCCUUCUGCGGCCACCAGCCCUGCGCCCGCGCCCGCACCCUCGCCCGCGCCGCCCCGGGGCCCAAAGCGCAAACUUUACAGCGCGGUCCCCGGCCGCAAGUUCAUCGUGGUGAAUGCGCACAGCCCGCGGGGCGAGGGCGAGAUCCCGCUGCACCGCGGCGAGGCUGUCAAGGUGCUCAGCAUCGGGGAGGGCGGUUUCUGGGAGGGAACAGUGAAAGGCCGAACGGGCUGGUUCCCAGCUGACUGCGUGGAGGAGGUCCAGAUGCGCCAAUAUGACACGCGGCAUGAAACACGUGAGGACCGAACCAAGCGCCUUUUCCGACAUUAUACUGUGGGCUCUUACGACAGUCUCACCUCACACAGUGACUACGUCAUUGAGGACAAGGUGGCUGUCCUGCAGAAGCGGGAGCAGGAGGGUUUUGGCUUCGUCCUUCGGGGAGCCAAAGCAGAGACCCCCAUUGAAGAAUUCACACCAACCCCAGCCUUCCCUGCUCUCCAAUACUUAGAAUCUGUGGAUUAUGAGGGUGUGGCCUGGAGGGCAGGACUCCGGACAGGAGACUUCCUUAUUGAGGUGAAUGGAGUGAACGUGGUGAAGGUUGGACACAAGCAGGUUGUGGCCUUGAUCCGCCAGGGUGGGAACCGCCUGCUCAUGAAGGUCGUGUCAGUGACAAGGAAACCGGAGGAAGAGGGGGCGCGGCGGAGAGCCCCUCCGCCCCCCAAGAGGGCUCCCAGUACCACGUUGACUCUGCGCUCCAAGUCCAUGACUGCUGAGCUGGAGGAGCUGGAAGAGAAAAGAGAAAGCCACGCCUUCCUGGGGCGCCUUGCAGCCGAGAGCACCAAAGCCCCCACGCCAGCUUACCCCCAGUCUGCCCGAGAGAAGCUGGAUGAGAUCCUGGCGGCAGCUGCAGAGCCCACACUGAGACCGGACAUUGCUGAUGCUGACUCCCGGGCAGCCACUGUCAAGCAGCGGCCCACAAGUCGGCGCAUCACUCCCGCAGAGAUCAGUUCUUUGUUUGAACGCCAGGGCCUCCCUGGCUCUGAGAAGCUUCCUGGAUCCCUUCGAAAGGGCAUCCCACGCACCAAGUCUGUAGGGGAAGAUGAGAAGCUGGCCUCUCUCCUGGAGGGGAAGUUCCCGAGGAGCUCGUCUAUGCAGGAUGCUGUCCGUGAGGGCCAUGGGAUCCCGCCCCCACCCCAGACCGCCCCUCCCCCCCCACCCUCCCCUUACUACUUCGACACAGGACCACCUCCCUCCUUUUCACCGCCACCCCCGCCAGGCCGUGCCUACGACACCGUGAGAUCCAGCUUCAAACCGGGGCUGGAGGCCCGGCUGGGAGGGGCGGGACCCCCUGGGCUCUAUGCCCCUGGCCUAGGCGCUCAUGGGCCUCUCCCUUACCCUGAGCGCCAGAAGCGGGCUCGGUCCAUGAUCAUCUUGCAGGACUCACCCCACGAACCAGCUGUGGCCGAAAGCACCCGGCCUCCUCCUGCAGCCACGCCCCCUGAGCGACUGAGGCGGAAGGCACGAGUACCUGGCAGUCAAGACAGCCCUUACGCCAACCUGGGCGCCUUCAGUGCCAGUCUGUUUGCCCCAUCCAAACCCCAGCGCAGGAAGAGUCCCCUGGUGAAGCAGCUGCAGGUGGAGGAAGCACAGGACCGGGCUGCUUUGGCUGUGGGGGGCAGCGGCAGCAGUUUUCCUCGGGAGCCCUCGCCCACUCGCCGAGGGCACCGGCUCGGGGGACUCGACUACCCCCCCGGGGAACCACCUGGCCUCCCAUUUACUGGUGCCGGCCCUGGCAAGGAACGAGACCGUCGGCUGGAUGAGAGGCGCCGCUCCACUGUCUUCCUUUCCGUGGGGGCCAUCGAGGGCAGCCCUCCCAGUGCAGAGAUGCCAUCCCUGCAGCCCUCGCGAUCCAUCGACGAGCGCCUUCUGGGCAGCGGCCGGGACCUGCUCUUACCCUCGCCAGUCUCCGCUCUCAAGCCAUUGGUCAGCAGCCCUAGCCCCUCCCCUGUGGGCUCCACCUUCAUCCACCCCCUCACCGGCAAGCCCCUGGACCCCAGCUCGCCCCUAGCCCUCGCCUUGGCCGCCCGAGAGCGGGCCCUGGCUUCCCAGGUGCCCUCAAGAUCCCCAACCCCCGUUCACAGCCCAGACACGGAUCGGCCAGCCCCUCUCUUUGUGGACAUCCAGAGCAGAGAGCCGGAGCGCAGCAGCCUGGCUUCCCCCACCCCAGCCUUUUCCCCCCGGGGCCCCGCAUGGGGCCCCCUCCCUGCCCGCCGAGAGGUUGAGAAGUCCCCACGGGAGGAGAGGAAGACCCCAGAGGAUAAGAAGUCCAUGAUCCUCAGCGUUCUGGAUACAUCACUACAGCGUCCCGCUGGCCUCAUCGUGGUCCACGCCACGGGCAAUGGGCAGGGCCCUGGGGAGCUGGAGGCAGAGGAGAGUACACCAGACACCCCCGAGCUGAGCCAGGCCCCCGCUCCGGCCGCUGCCACUGUGGCCGCACCUGGGGCCCUGCCCAGCCCCCGGGCCCAGCCCCCUAGCAGCCCCCCUGCCGCCGAGACGGUGCCGGGACAGGGCAGCUCCGAGGAAGAGCCAGACAUGGUGUUCGCUGUGGCCCUGCCCCCAGCCCAGCUGUCAUCCAGUGACGAGGAGACGAGGGAAGAGCUGGCCAGAAUCGGGCUGGUGCCACCCCCAGACGAAUUUGCCAACGGCCUCCUGGUGACCACGCCCCCCCCGGGCCCCGGGCCGGCCCCUUCCCCCAUGGCCUCGCCCAGCCCAGCCUCAGGGAAGCCCAGCAGUGACGCGCCCCCUGCCCCGGAGUCAGCCGCGGAUUCUGGUGUGGAGGAGGUGGACACGCGCAGCUCCAGCGACCCUCACCUGGAGACCACAAGCACCAUCUCCACCGUGUCCAGCAUGUCGACAUUGAGCUCUGAGAGCGGCGAGCCCACGGACACGCACACCUCCUUCGCUGACGGACAUACUUUUGUACUCGAGAAGCCGCCUGUGCCUCCGAAACCGAAACUCAAGUCCCCGCUCGGGAAGGGGCCCGUGACCUUCAGGGACCCUCUGCUCAAGCAGUCCUCGGACAGCGAGCUCAUUGCCGCCGCCUCCGCCGGGCUGGCCUCCGGAGCUGGGCCUGCCCGCCCUCGCUACCUCUUCCAGAGAAGGUCUAAGCUGUGGGGGGACCCGGUGGAGAGCCGGGGGCUCCCAGGCCCCGAAGACGACAAACCGACUGUGAUCACCGAGCUAAGCUCCCGCCUGCAGCAGCUCAACAAAGACACCCGUUCCCUAGGGGAGGAGCCUGUGGGAGGCCUCGGAGGCCUGCUUGACCCCCUCAAGAAGUCGCCGGCUGUGGCAGCAAGGCUCUUCAGCAGCCUCGGCGAGCUGAGCUCCAUCUCGCAGCAGCCGUCGCCCCAGCCCCAGCAGCAGCGCAGCGGCGUGGGGCCCCCGGGGCCCGGGGCCUCGUACACCGUCCGGCCUGGCAGCCGCUAUCCCGUGGCCCGCCGGACGCCGAGCCCCGUGAAGCCGGCGUCGCUGGAGCGCGCCGAGGGGCUAGGCACAGGUCCCGGAGGCGGCGUGGGGCGGCCCUUCGGCCUCACUCCGCCAACCAUCCUCAAGUCGUCCAGCCUCUCCAUUCCCCACGAGCCCAAAGAGGUGCGCUUCGUGGUGCGCAGCGUCAGCGCGCGGAGCCGCUCGCCAUCUCCUUCGCCCACGCCGGCCCCCGGGCCCCCAGGGCCUGGGCCCGGGCCCGGGCCAGGCCUGGGAGCCGCCCCGGGCCCCGCCCGCCCCUUCCAGCAGAAGCCGUUGCAGCUCUGGACCAAGUUCGACGUAGGCGACUGGCUGGACAGCAUCCACCUGGGCGAGCAUCGGGACCGCUUCGAGGACCACGAGAUCGAGGGCGCUCACCUGCCCGCGCUCACCAAGGACGACUUCGUGGAGCUGGGCGUGACGCGCGUGGGCCAUCGAAUGAACAUCGAGCGCGCCCUCAAGGCGCUGGCCGACAGCUGACCGCGCGCCCCCGGCCCUGCCCACCCCGCCGGGCGCCCUGCCGGCAGGGCCCCC